GAGCAAAGAAAGAGCGUUCCUUCCAACUCAUCAUUCGUCUCACCGAUAACGUCAUGCUUCUGUCGGUUCUGCUGAUCUGCGUCGGCGGCGUGUCUGCCGUCGACAAUGUCAAUGAAGGUCCCAGCCUGUUCCUGAAGCAGGCCAGCGGUGCGGGUGAGGGCAUCGCUGACUACCAGGUGAACCCCCUCCAGGCUUUCCCCAUGCCUCAGCUCAGCAACCCCUUUGGACGGGUCGACACGGUCAAGGAGCUGAUCACUGAGAAAUACCUGGGCAGAUGGUGAGUGACCCCACAAACACAACACGGACGCACGCACAUGCGCAUGCACACGCAUGUGUUCUGAUUGGGGCUCGGUGUUGUGUGUGUCUUUCCCUCUCUAUCGUUGUGUGUAUGUGUGUGCGUGCGUGUGUGUGCGUGUGUGUGCGUCAGGUACCUGAUGUAUGGGAGUGUGGCCUCUCAGAUCAUCACUGGCAACCUGGACUGCCAGACGGCCGACUACUCGAUGCGCAUGGACGAGAGGAUCGGCGUCGUCAACACGGGCGUCGACCGGGACGGCAAGCUCACACAGAUCAAAGGAUACGCAUACACACCCGACCCCAACGAACCCGGCGCCCUCAAGUCAGUCAGCACACUCACGCACACGCACACACAUGCACACACAUGAGGUCGCGCUGAUGUCUGUCUGUGUAGGGUGUCGCUGGGCGGUGUGCCUGUGGAUGGGGACUACGACAUAGUGCAGCUGGGUCCGUUUGGCAGCGACGGCAAGUACGAGUGGGCGAUUGUGACGGAUGAAUUUGAGGUGUCGCUGUUUGUCCUGGGGAGAGACGUUCAGACCUUCAAAGACACCUUCGAGAAGGAUGUAUGUGAGCAGGCAGACACACAAACCAAACCAAACCAGCUUACACACUACACUCUCACCCUUCGCCGUGUGUGUGUCUGUGUGUCUAGGUGCUCGAUGCGUGUGCGACUCUCGGCUUCACCAGGUAAGUCUGUCUGUCCAUCUUCGGUCGCCUCUUCCAUUGCAUGCACUCCUGGAGCCUGCCGCACAACCAACUCGUAUGUAUGUUAUGGCUAUGGCUGCACAGGCCGUGGAACAGGCCCAUCCCUAUCAAGCAAGGUUCGGGAUGCGAGUACGCGCCACUGCCGCCACCCGAGGGGGCGGAGGGCGGACAGAUGUACGUCUGACAAACGAAGCGAGCC